AUGGGUCAAUUCAAGAAAGAAAAGCAAAGAGUAGCCCGUGACAAGGCUGGUGGUGAUGAUCGUGCAAAGAAUUUGAGAGUCAAGGGUGAAAACUUUUACAGAGAUGCCAAGAAGAUCAAGUACAUCAAUAUGCUUAAGGGUGGUAAAGCCACUCGUAAUUCUCAAGGCAGAAUUAUCCAAGCUGCCGAAUUCCAAAGCACUGAAGUCAAAACUGCUCGAGUUGCUCCCAACAGAAAGUGGUUUGGUAAUACUAGAGUUAUUGGACAGAAGGCUCUCGAGGAUUUCCGUGAAUCAUUAGCAGCCAAAGUGGAUGAUCCUUACCAAGUUUUGUUAAAGCAAAAUAAAUUACCCAUGUCUCUUUUGCAAGAUUCAGCCAAGCAAGGUCGUAUGCACAUUCUUGAAACCGAUACUUUCAGCAACACAUUCGGUAACAAGGCUCAAAGAAAGAAGCCCAAAUUGAACAUUGGAUCAAUGGAGGAAUUAAUGACUCGAGUCGACGAUACUCAUGAAACAUACAAGUCUGAUAAGGAUAGCAGUUUGUUGGCUAACAAGGAAUCCGAUUACACAGAUGCCGCUCGUGCCUGGUAUCUCCAAGCUGGUCAAUCUAAGCGUAUCUGGAAUGAAUUGUAUAAGGUCAUUGAUUCAUCCGAUGUUAUCAUUCAUGUUCUUGAUGCUCGUGAUCCCAUCGGUACUCGUUGUCGCAACAUUGAAAACUUUAUUAAGAAGGAAAAGCCUCACAAGCAGCUGAUUUUCGUCCUCAACAAGUGUGAUCUCGUACCUACCUGGUCUACUGCUCGUUGGGUGUCUCAUCUUUCAAAGUCUGCUCCUACUCUUGCUUUCCAUGCUUCCAUCAACAACUCCUUUGGUAAGGGUUCUUUGAUUCAACUUUUGCGUCAAUUCUCCUCUUUGCACAGCGACAAGAAGCAAAUUUCUGUUGGUUUCAUUGGUUACCCCAACACUGGUAAGUCUUCCAUUAUCAAUACUCUCAAGGCCAAAAAGGUGUGUACCGUUGCUCCUAUCCCUGGUGAGACAAAGGUCUGGCAGUACAUCACUUUGAUGAAGCGUAUUUACCUCAUUGAUUGUCCCGGUGUCGUUCCUCCUAAUGUUGAUGAUGGAGAAGUCGAUAUUAUCUUGAAAGGCUCAGUUCGUGUGGAAAAAAUGGCCAACCCCGAAGAUACCAUCCCUACUAUUUUGGAGCGCGUUAGACAUGAAUACCUCAAAAGAACUUACGGUCUCCAAGGCUGGGAGGAUCACACUGACUUUUUGGAGCAAAUUGCUAGAAAGACUGGUAAAUUACUCAAGAAGGGUGAGCCUGAUGUUCACAAUGUGUCUAUUAUGGUUCUCAAUGACUGGCUCCGUGGCCGUAUUCCCUUCUAUGUUCCUCCUCCUGAGGCUGUCGAGCCUUUGACUGCUGAACAAAAGGAAGAAAAGAAGAAUAAAUUUGGUGUCGAGCAAAUGUUUGCAAAGAUCAAUGUUACCAGUGAUUAUCUGGAGGAUGAUUUAGCAAACAAUGCUCAAUUAGUUGCUGAAGAGCGUGCUAGAGCCAAAGCCAAGAAGGCUGAAGAGGCUGCUGCUCGUGCAUAUGCCGAAGGCACUGCUGAAAAGCCCAAGAAAUCCAAGCCUGCUGCUGCUGCUGAAUCCGAGAUUACUGAUUGGGAUGAAGUCUUCGAGAGCGUCGUCGGUGAAGAGGGUCCCAUUGUCAAGGCACCUGUCAUUGAAGGUGAAGAGGAGGUUGAGAACGAUGUUGAUAGCGAGCUCGAAAUGAGUGGAGCCGAAGAGGACGAAGAGGAAGCUGAGGAGGAAGAAGAGCAACCUGCCAAGAAGGUCCGAGUGAAUAACAACGAAUUUGAAGCUGAUAAGAAGGGUAAAAAGGCCGGUGUUCAUUAUUACGAGACAGCAAAUGUUAAGAACAAGAACCGCAACAAGGUCAAGCCUGAUGAACAAAAGAAGAAGGUGCUCAACUCUCGCUUAAAGGGGUCUGCUGUCUCUGGAUCCAAGCGUAAGAGAAACUAA